GGGCGGCGGGAGGGGAGAGAAGUUCCAGAGGCGGGCACUGCACGCGUGUCGCCAAACUCGCCUCGCACCUCCGCCACUUGCUUGGCGGCGAGACGCUCCGUUCGGUUUCAGGCGGCACCUGCUGCUAAUGCUGCUGCUGCAGCGGCCAAGGGAGGGCCGGCUUCAGUAUUUCCUGUGGAAAUCCCGGAGCAUUCAGCUCCUCCUCUCGAUUCCUCCCCCACCCCCGCGCGUGUUUGCGGGUUGGGGAUUGAGGAAGGGAGGAAGGAGCAGAGCGCGUUGGCUGUUGUCGCUUCUGCCUUCUGCGUCUGACCGCCCCCCCUCCUCCUCCUCCUCCUCCCCGACCUCCUUGUCGCUUUCUGCCGCUCGGCUGUGGCGUCCCGGCGCGGCCACCCACCUACCCACCCUCCGGCCUCCAGGAGCUGCGUUCUUCCGAGCCGGCCGAGCUUUCUCCCCCACACCCCCUUUGCGUCUCCGGAGGGGAGGGAAAAAAAAAGCAAGGGAGUCUCCGGGCUCCCGCAGCGCUUCCCCGAAAUGGGCAGUUUGCUGAGCGGAGUCAGCUUCAAGGAGCCCACCACGGUGGAGGACUGUGACUCGACCUGGGAGACGGAUUCGGAGCCGGAGCCGGAGCUGCAGGACCCCGGUGGGGAAGAAGAAGGACCGCCGUUGGAGCGGGCGGGCGGUGGCAGCGACGGCGACGACCCAGCGGCUGACCGGCAGCAGCAACAGCAGCAGCAGCCAGAAGAACCGCUCCCUGCGGCAGGCGGCCGGCCGGAAGCCGCCGAGAAGCGCGAAGGGGCUGCCGAGGAAGAGGAGGAGGAGCAGGUGGUGGCGGUGGAGAAGGAGGAGGAAAAGGAAGGAGGAGACGGGGUGGCCGAAGAAGACGAAACCGAGGGCAGGGAGCAGGGAGAGAGCGAAGCCCCCGGGCCCGAACAGGGGGAUGAUUCAGUUGAUGUGACAGCUAAACCAAAGAGAAGUUUUUAUGCUGCAAGAGACUUAUAUAAAUAUCGUCAUCAAUAUCCACAGAACUUUAAAGAACUGAGAUACCAGAAUGAUUUGUGCAACCUCCGCUUUUAUAAGAACAAAAUUCCCUUUAAACCUGAUGGGGUUUAUAUUGAAGAGGUCCUGAAUAAAUGGAAAGGAGAUUAUGAAAAGUUGGAACACAAUCACACUUACAUACAAUGGUUGUUUCCACUCAGAGAGCAAGGACUGAAUUUCUAUGCAAAAGAAUUAACAACCUGUGAAAUUGAGGAGUUCAAAAAAACAAAAGAAGCGAUUCGAAGAUUCCUGUUAGCUUACAAAAUGAUGCUGGAGUUUUUCGGGAUAAAAUUAAUUGAUAAAACGGGGAAUGUAGCACGAGCUGCUAACUGGCAAGAAAGAUUCCAACACUUGAAUGAAUCCCAACAUAAUUAUCUGAGAAUCACCCGGAUUCUGAAGAGUCUUGGUGAACUUGGUUAUGAGAGUUUCAAGCCUCCUCUUGUGAAAUUGAUUCUACAUGAAGCUCUGGUGGAAGACACCAUUCCCAACAUUAAACAGAGCGCUCUGGAAUAUUUUGUGUAUACCAUUAGAGAUCGAAGAGAGAGGAGAAAACUUCUACGGUUUGCUCAACAGCACUACACACCUUCUGACCAUUUCAUAUGGGGGCCACCUAGGAAACAGAAGUCGGAAGAAAGCAAACCAAGUAAAAAGCUGGCUUCACCAGUGUCCCUUCGCAACAGCUCUACUUGUAAACACAAAAAGACAAAAGAUCUCAAGAACGUAUCUGAAAUUUGUAACUCGAGGAAUAAAACAAAUGAUGAGAAAAAGACAGAGCAUAUUAAAAAUGGUACAGAUAGUGAUCAGAGUAAGAAAAGCAGCUCCCCUGAAGUUGUUAAGCAGAGCAGUAUGGUAAAAAAUAGUAGUGCUGAAUGUCACAACUCUAAAAUGGACAUAGUUGAGCCUUUGAAUCAGAAGGAGACUAUUUCUCAUUUAAAAAAACAUAAAGGCAAAAACAAGGAAAACGUUAGCCAAGACUGUAAACAUUUGGAAGAUAUAGAAAAAGAUUCAUGUGAGACUAAAAACGAUUCUACAAAUAUAUCAUCAGAUAUGCAAGACAAUAUAUGUAAGGAUAAAAACCUGGCGAGCUCAUCUGUAAGAAAUAAAGAGUGAAAACUUCUACUGCAUAUGGCAACAUGGUUUUUCGCUUGUAGAAAAUUGUUAAGGAACAAGAGGUCUUUGGUACUGGAUCCAGUGCUGGCUACAUCAGCUUAGCCUCGGUGGGGUUGUGGCUUCUUUAAUUUGUUUAAGGUUUGUACUUCUCCCAGCUGUGUAUUAAGCUUACAAACUGCGUAUUGCUUAAGUCUAAGGGGAAAAAAACUUCCUUUAAAUCUGUUUUCUAUGCAUAAAAAUCUAACGAUUUUUAUUGUGUAUUUUAUUUAAACACUUUUAAUUAAUUUUAAGGUUUUGUUUUUCAAAAUAUGGCUGCGAGAUAAGACUUCCAAGGAGCCAAAGUUAGUGUCUCUUCAGCAGAUAACUAUGCUAAUGUUUAUAGAGUGCCUACCACUGCUUAAAAAUUGGAAUUUAGCUGUAUUCUUAUUUAACACAGAAAGUGGACCUCAGAGACUUGAGCUAAAGUCAAGCACAGCCUUGAAUCACACCGGGCAAACUACAUUAAUUCAGCUUCUUUUCAAGCUUGACUAUAAGGACCCGUAAUUAAUUUCCCUAGGUUAUUAUGAGAAAAUACAGCAAAGUAGCAAAUUGCUACCAUUUGCAUACCAGCCUCCCAACAUACUCUUUCAGUUUUGUUAUUGCCAUUUCUCUUGAUAUCUCCUCUAAUACAGUGUACUGAAUAAAGCGUUGGAAAAAUAGGAUUCAGAACUGUUAAGAGAGUACAGUAUUUAAAUGUUUUAAAAUAAGUAUUAAAACCUGGCUCAGGUAUGAUAUUCCAAAUGAAAGGUUGGGCAGGGAAUCCUCAUUUAUCCUAAUGAUACAUCAGCAAAAUUCUUGCGAAUGUAAAAUGAGAUAAAAAUGUAUUCUGCUUGCA